UUAACGACUUAACUGCAGCGUCAACAAUGUCGGACGUGCAGCGAGAUGGUGCUCCUCAAGCAGGGCAACCUACAGCCCCCAGAGGCGAGGCUCAAGCUGAACAAUCUCCGUUCCGAAGGUUUCUGGGAAUUGCUCAACAAAUGCUCAUGGUAUACAUGAUCACACAAUUGGCUACGAAAUUUUUCUUGCCCAAAACAAAUGUGCCCAACACGCAGCCAACCACCAAACCUGCGGAACCAGGGGCACCCAACCCAUGGAGCUUGCCUCCCGCUCAGGCAGAACUCGCUUGGCCGCUCGGUCAACCGCUUUCCAUACACGUCCAUCUCUCGACCUCCUUCAAUGGCGAUGUUUUUUCGAAGAAAUGGACCUCGAAGUACAGAGAACACCAGGAUGAGGUUCUGCCCAGCUUUAUUUGGCAUAACAUAACUUUUGGGGACUAUUCAGUCUCACGAGUGGCCGAGUACAAUAUCAAGUUUCCGGAGUCAGUUUUGAAUAAUGGAUCUCUAUGGGCAGAUGUGUUCCUCGUGAAGGAAGGGAGUAGUCCGGAUCCCCAGAGCCCUAACUUUGAUCCAGAAAACCUUCAUCACGUUCGGAAACUGUUGACCCCUCAUUUCGCAAGGGCAAAAGUACGCAAGGCGAAGAACCUACUUAGUGGAAAAGACUCGACCGAAGAGGAGGAGGAAGAGCAACCCGACGUUAUCGUUCCUCACUGGCACAAGAAUUUUACUUUAGCGCUGAUAUCUGAUGCUGCUGCGGUACCAUACGCGACUUUACCGCCACCGAUUCGUGACCAUAUACAUUUGAUCCCCGGAAGUCGCGACGCGACUGGUACCAAAGGCUACUAUAAGCCCAUCGUUUUUCCGAACGAGUUCUGGCACUUAAAAUCCCAUUAUAUUGAGCUCAACUCUACGACGCCAGAACUGCCUCUCCAGAUUGUCUUCCAACCGAUGUCCUUCAUGAAGUUCCAAAUAUUCGCCUCCAUGACGCAUGGUUUCAAUGAAGCUGCAAAACAGCAAGGAGCGGGGGCUAGCGCCGAGCUCGACGAGGUCAAGCGGAUGCUUUUAGAGACCAAUUCAUGGUUCCUAGCCCUGACGGCCAUAGUUAGUGUCCUCCACGUUGUCUUCGAAAUGUUAGCCUUUUCGUCGGAUGUGGCACAUUGGAGACAGAAGAAAGAAAUGGUUGGUGUCUCUGUCAGGACCAUCAUCACCAACGUCUUUGUUCAAAUUGUCGUCCUACUGUACCUCAUUGAUAACAAUGAAAAUACGAGUUGGAUGAUUCUUUUUGGGUCCGGGAUGGGUGCCAUCAUUGAGGCCUGGAAGAUCACGAAAGCGGUCGACAUCUCUUUGGUGCCCGCUCCUGCUGGUUCUUUGUUGCCGUACAAGCUUAAUGUCAAAGAUAAACAUGUUUUGAGCGAAGAUGAAAAGAAAACACAAGAGUAUGACCGUCUAGCCUUCCGCUAUGUUUCAUACUUUGCGGUCCCCUCUCUCGCUAUCUACUCUGUUUACUCGCUCAUGUACGAGACCCAUCGAGGGUGGUACAGCUUCAUCAUCUCAACAUUGACAUCAUACGUGUAUAUGUUUGGCUUCGCCCAGCUCAUACCACAGUUGAUCAUUAAUUAUAAACUCAAGAGUGUCGCACACAUGCCGAUGAAAGCCAUGAUCUACAAGACGUUAUCUACUGUAGUUGACGACUUGUUUGCGUUCUGCAUUAAAAUGCCCUUCCUACAUCGACUGGCGUGUUUCCGAGAUGACGUUGUAUUCCUCGUCUUUUUGUAUCAGCGUUGGAUAUACAGAAUCGAUCCCAAGCGUGUCAACGAAUACGGUCAAGUGAUGGUCGGGGAUGUUAAAGUAAUUGAAGGAGACAAAGCAGAAUCUAAGAAGGAUAGAUAGCAUUGUCGUAGCAUCUCUUGUUUGUUUGUUUGAUUCAAGUAGAACUACUACAGGAAUGUGGUGAAAAAAGAAGCUUUCA